GUCUGCUGACUCACAACCGAUUCUGCACCAACCAUGGAGACUUUUGUGGAGCUCAGGACCAAAGCCAAAAUGCCAACUGUGGGCUUAGGAACCUGGAAGUCUCCUCCAGGCAAAGUCAAAGAAGCUGUGAAGGCGGCCAUUGAUGCAGGGUAUCGCCACAUUGAUUGUGCCUAUGUCUAUCAGAACGAGAAUGAGGUGGGGGAAGCAAUCCAAGAGAAGAUCCAAGAGAAGGUUGUGAAGCGGGAGGACCUCUUCAUCGUUAGCAAGCUGUGGCCCACCUUCUUUGAGAGAUCCCUUGUGAGGGAAGCCUUUCAGAAGACGCUUAAGGAUCUGAAGCUGCGCUAUCUGGACAUCUAUCUGAUUCACUGGCCACAAGGAUUACAGCCUGGGAAGGACAUUCUCCCCAAAGAUGACAAAGGCAAUGUCGUUGGAAGUAAAACAACAUUCAUGGAUGCCUGGGAGGUCAUGGAGGAGCUGGUGGAUGAGGGCCUGGUGAAAGCCCUUGGUGUCUCCAAUUUCAACCACUUACAGAUUGAAAGGCUCUUGAACAAGCCGGGACUGAAAUACAAACCAGUGACUAACCAGAUUGAGUGUCACCCAUACCUUACCCAGGAGAAAUUGAUCCAGUACUGUCACUCCAAGGGCAUCACUGUCACAGCCUACAGCCCCCUGGGCUCUCCAGAUAGACCUUGGGCCAAACCAGGUGACCCUUCCCUCCUAGAGGAUCCCAAGAUUAAGGCAAUUGCUGCAAAGCACAAGAAGACCGCAGCUCAGGUUCUGAUCCGAUUCCAUAUCCAGAGGAACCUGGCCGUGAUCCCCAAGUCUGUGACGCCAUCCCGCAUUAUUGAGAACAUUCAGAGUUUCUCAUUUGGAGGAUUAUCCCUUCAGUGAAGAAUAUUGAAGCUGAAUCUCUUGAUGGGAUUUCCCAGUGAGUCUUCUCUCCUCACUGAAGUGUUUCCCUCCCCAUCCAAGUCUUCUUUUAGCCAAACUUACCUGAAUCGUGCUUCGCCUGCCCUUGUGCGGCCAGAGUCUGGGCAGUGUUAUGUCUAGAUGCCUGUGUUCAACUACUACGGC